ACAUUAUUAUUUAUUAUACCUUUAAGGUUAUGAAAACUAUAAUAUUGAAACCUAUAUUAUAAAAACUCCUAUAAAAUUAACAAUUAAAAAUUAAAUUUAUAUGCGCGAAUACUUCAUCUUAAUUGGAAUUAUAAUAGAUUAAACAUGUUCUUGACUAAUGUUUUAUUGAAAAAAACUAAAAGCAAGUAUAUAAUGGUAUUGAUGGAGAGCAUGGUUUCUGGACACAAAUUUAACAAAAUAAGAGAACGAUUGGCUGAUAAAUUGGAAGUUAUACGUUUUGAUCCUUACAUUCAAGCAGAAAGUUUAUAUAAAGAAAAGAAGAAAAUACGAAGUCUGAAGUAAUCCAUCAAUCAAUUUAAUGUAAAUAGUAAUAGGGUAGUGAAACGACAACUUUGUUUAAAAUGUAAUUUAAUUUAAAUAAACAUCUUCAGUGACAA